AUGUGGAGCGGCGCGGGGCGCCGCCGAGUUCCCGCAGUUCGCCCGCUGCUGUGCAGCCGCCGUCGCCGCCUCGGCCCGGCACCCGCCGUCCCGCCGGGAAGGAGUCGGGACCGUUUCGGAUCUCAAGCAGACGGCCCUCUCCUAUCUAGUCGUGGCUUUUCCAAACCCUCCGAGGAGAGCGGGAUCUUUCGGUCCUUCCUGUAUAUCCGACCAUUACAGGAUCUAGAAAUGUCGACGACACUUUUAUCUGCCUUCUACGACAUUGACUUCCUGUGCAAGACAGAGAAGUCCCUGACCAACCUCAGCAGCAUGCUGGACAAGAAAGCCGUGGGGACCCCGGUGACCCCUCCCAGCUCCAGCUUCGCGCCAGGCUUCCUGCGGCGGCACUCGACCAGCAACCUGACGGCGCUGGCCGGCGGCUCCAAGUUCCCCAGCCCCACCGGUUCCAGCUCUUCUUCCACAUCCUCCUCCUCCUCGUCGUCGUCCUCCUCCUCCUCGUUCGGCAACCUGAAGGAGACGGGCUCCGGCGGAGGCGGCGGCAGCAGCAGCCCCACGGCCCUGCUCAACAAGGAGAACAAGUUCCGGGACCGCUCCUUCAGCGAGAACGGCGAGCGCAGCCAGCACCUCAUGCAGCAGCUUCAGCAGCAGCAGCAGGCGGCCGGCAAGGGGAGCGGCUCCGGCGGGAUUGCAGAGCACCAAACACACCCCCAGCAGAGUGCCACGGAGCAGAGAGAUGCUGCUCCUCACCACCUGCAUCCUGGUUGA